UGUUACCAGAAAGUGAGUGGCACUGACACGAAGAAACGUUUUGUACGGCGUGGACACCUUCACAGCAAGGCUAUUGGUUGAUAACACGCUAACGUUAAUAUUUGUUUGGAGCAUAGAUAUCGUAACACAAAGACGGAUUUACUCUUACUGGAUUGGAAUAGUCGUGCUGCUUUGUUUCCACGAGUGUCCCCUGUCCAGGCUGAGAAUGAUAUGAGCCCUGUACAGAACAAGACGCCCCUUCUUACCGUUCCACGAGUACUCUGCUGUGGGGCUGUUGAACUGCCGCGAUACCUACUGUGAUGAUGAAAUGAAAUGAGGCUCAGAAAUGCAACUGUGGCCACAGCGUUAAUCUUCAUAACCUCCUUUAUGAGCCUGUCCUGGUAUACAACAUGGCAAAAUGGAAAAGAAAAGCUAAUUGCCUAUCAGCGAGAGUUCCAUACCUUAAAAGAGCGCCUCCGUGUGGCCGAACAUCGCACCCUGCAGCGCUCGUCUGAGCUCAACAUCAUCCUGGAGCAGUUUAGACGGGCCAUUGCAGAAACCAACGGGAGCAAAGACGCACUUGGACAUUUUUCAGAUGAAACUAAGAAGCUAUUGAAGGAACUGGCACACAGAAAACCGCUGCAGGUGCCAAAUAUCUACUACCACUUGCCUCACUUAUUAAACAGUGAAGGAAGCCUUCAGCCUGCUGUGAAGGUUGGUCUCGGCAGAACAAAAGUGUCUAUUGUAAUGGGAAUACCAACAGUGAAGAGGAAAGUCAAGUCCUAUCUCGCAGAGACCCUUCAUUCGUUAAUAAACAAGCUAUCUCCUGAAGAGAAAUUGGAUUGUGUUAUUAUAGUCUUUGUAGGAGAGACAGAUAUUGAUUAUGUCCAUAGUGUUGUGGAGAGCCUGGAAAAAGAGUUUUCUACAGAAAUCAAUUCAGGCCUUUUGGAAGUGAUAUCUCCCCCUGCUAGUUACUAUCCUGACUUGACAAGCUUGAAGGAGACCUUUGGUGACACAAAGGAAAGAGUCAGGUGGCGAACAAAACAGAAUUUGGAUUACAGCUUCCUUAUGAUGUAUGCUCUAAAUAAGGGUACUUAUUAUGUCCAGCUUGAAGAUGACAUUGUUGCCAAACCAAACUACUUCAUCACCAUGAAAAACUUUGCACUUCAACUCUCUUCAGAAGACUGGAUGAUUUUAGAGUUCUCACAGCUAGGAUUUAUAGGGAAGAUGUUUCAGGCUCCUGAUUUGAACCUGAUUGUGGAGUUCAUAUUCAUGUUCUAUAAGGAGAAGCCCAUUGAUUGGCUCCUUGAUCAUAUCCUCUGGGUAAAAGCCUGCAGUCCGGAGAAGGAUGCGAAACAUUGUGAGCGACAGAAGUCCAGUCUGCGAGUUCGAUUCAGGCCGUCGCUGUUCCAGCACGUGGGGCUUCAUUCCUCUCUGGCUGGGAAGAUCCAGAAGCUUACUGACAAAGAUUUUCUGAAGCCGUUGCUUCACAAGAUCCAUGUGAACCCACCAGCUGAGGUUUCAACCUCCCUCAAAAUGUACCAGGGACACACCUUGGAGAAAACCUACUUGGGGGAAGACUUCUUUUGGGCCAUCACUCCUACCGCUGGGGACUACAUCCUCUUAAAAUUCGACAGGCCAGUCAGUAUUGAAAGAUACCUAUUUCGUAGUGGUAACUCUGAGCAUCCAGGAGACAAAUUACAGAAUACGACUGUUGAGGUUCUGCCUUUUUCGGAAACUGGACUGAAAACCAAAGAUAAAUAUAAACGCACAGAUGAUGGCUUUUACAUAAUAGGAAAAUUUGAAAAUGGAGUAUCAGAGUCUGCAGUUGAUCCCGUCUUCAAUCCCAUUUCUGCACUGCGGCUUUCAGUCCUGCAGGACUCUGCCGUGUGGGCGAUACUCAGCGAGAUGCACAUUAAAAAAGCUGCAAGAUAACCAGCAAUAGAGAGAAUGACAUCUUCACAACAGAUCACGCACACAGAAUCUCAACACUGAGGACUGCAGAGCUUGUAGAAAACAUGCCUGAUACUUUCAUUUGGAUCUGUUUGGAUACGUUUCAUGCUUUUCAUUCUACCUCUUGUGAAUACUACUGUAGAAUUUAAACUAGACCCUAUUAGACAAGAAAAUAUUCCUAGAGUGCUUCAAAAAGCCCUAAAACAAACAAAGAGCAAUGCCAUAUGAAUGGGACCCCUACAAUCCAUUUAUAUUAUAAUGUAGAAAAUUGAGAGUUGUACAUUUUGUCAUUUGUAGAACGAUUGUACCUUUAUUUGCCAGUAUCUCUGUGUUGAAGCAGCCUUUGUCUAGGUUUAUAUUUUGUUUCUGUAAAGCCUCUAAUUUAUGUUAUGAAAAGUGAUGGUGAUUAAAUGUAUUUAUAAAAUGAGGUGUACGUAAAUGUUCUCUGAGUGGAUUAUUAAAUCAGUAAAUGUUUGUUUGUAAACACAUCUAAAUUUGAUAUUAAUUAUUUCUAGUUGACUGAAACUCGGUGUGUAUUCUUUCAGAUACCCUUUGAUGUAUUUACUUGUUCAUUUUGUAUAGUGUUUUUCAGUCUUUAAGAAGGCAGAUUUGAAAACGUGCUUUAAUUGUCAUUGUUCUUGAACACAUUGAAGUUGCUGGCACAGAGUCACACACUUGUAAUCAAGAUCUCAACUGCUUUGUUUGUCAAAACUGCAAGAAUAUUUGAUUUCAGCACAGUUGUGCUCGUAAUUUUUCAAAUUACAUAGAUUUAACUGUCUAAGUCAGACAAAUUGCUUGUUUGAUAUUGGCUGUUGCACAGAAUAUUAGUAAUUUUUUUUUUUCUUUUUCACAAAAUAACUCUUGCAUUCUGUUUUAAAGACCAGUCAUACAAUACUCAAACUAGGUAAUCAUAAGAAUGACUAGUAGAGUGUUGUUUACUUGUGACAUUGAUACUUUCUACACUCCUUGGCAACAGUUUGUCCCAAUGAGAUUCAGUUAUACACACUUUUUCCCCCAAAUACACUUUUUUUGUUGUCUUUUCUCUAUUUUAAAACCUGGGACCAGCGUUUUAUGCCAUCCUUCUAAAUAUGUUCCUUUUUAUUUUGACCAGGUGAAUAUAAAACAAUGGAAACAAUGUCAUAGCUAGUUUAUCCUAAAUCAAAACAUGUUACAUGUUUUAUAGGGUUAUCAAAAAAAGUGAACUCCAUCUGAUAUUCUGGAGUCAUUUGUAAAAUAAUUUACAGCUAUACUUUACAUACAUUUUUUUUUUAAUACAUAUUUUGGUUGUUUACAUAGAUGACUUUCAUGAAGAACUUUUCACUGUGUUAUUAUAUUGUGCUUUUGUAGGCAGAGAUUCUUUAUUUUAACAAUUGCUGCUACAAUUAUAAACAUGUAUGGGUUAUGUGCCUUUCAUCUAUAUGUUUCUUGUAUGUGCCACAAAUAUUUAUAUGUGUACUAUUGAAAUAAA